AUGAGUGUAAUAAUCCGAAGUAUAAAAGUUGUUAAUAUUACGAUCUGUCUCUUGUUUCUGAUUGGUUGUUAUGUCAAACUUCACGUUAACAGCGAAACUCCGUCAGAUAAUCCCAGGACUGAUUUAACAGUCGUAGACGCAGAUGAUGAUGAAGAUGGUGUAGUGACAGUAGAAGAAAGUAACGGUGAAAUACCGUACGAUAAACUCAAUGUAUUUAUUCCAACUAAACAAUGGCAGACUGUACAACCAGGUCAAGCCAUUCCUGCUGGGUUACACGUUAGAUUAAAUAUGAAAACAGGAGAACGAGAAGCCAAAUUAAACGAGGGAGAUACAAAACCUAAAUAUUGGAAAUUAGGAGAAAAACAAGGAAUGGUUAAUUCAGAUAAAAAGACGUUUACAAGAGAUGAAUUAAAAAGAGCUUUAAAAGAUUUUAAAUCUGAAAUUAUUGAUGAUGAUUCUAAACAGACUAGUGGUAAUUUUAAAAGUUAUAAAGAAUUAAAAGAAGAUUUUAAAAAGUUAAAUAUUGGUGUAAAAACAGAUAUUGAGAUAAUAAAUGAUCUAUUAGAGAAAUUAAACCAAGAAAAACUUGAUACAGAAUCUCACAAAUUUAUUCUGAGUGACUUGGAAUAUUAUCUUCAUCAGAUUGAUAAUGCUGUAUAUUUCUGUGAUAUUAGGGGUAUGGAGUUAUUAUUAAAAUAUUUAAACAGUACGCAGGAUGAGAUUCGAUCUGAAACAGCUCUAGUUAUAGGUUCAGCUUUACAAAGCAAUCCCAAGGCUCAAAUAUCGGCAUUAGAAACUGGACUGAUGCAGCCUUUAAUACGAUUGAUUUCAUUGGAUAAAUCUACAGCAUUGAGGAAACGUUAUUUGUAUGCCUUGUCCUCAUUGGUUCGUCACUUUCCCUACGCCCAAUUAAAAUUCGUACAAUACGGAGGGCUGUCUGUGUUUAGUAAACUAUUUGAGGAGAGUGGAACAGAAAGUUUACAAAUUAAAGUUAUAACUCUGUUAAAUGAUUUACUGCAAGAAAAAAUUUUAACAGAGAAUGACCCACAAGACAAUCAAAAUUACAGAGAAAAAUUAAAACAGUAUCAAAAAGUGAAUGUAAAAGAUGAGAUGAUAAAGACUGGUUGGUGUAAAUUAAUACCUUCGUUACUAGAACUUCCUGAUCACGAUAGUCGCGAAAAAAUUAUCAUUGCCAUGACAACAUUACAGACAUCAUGUUGGAAUGAAUUUGUAAAAUAUCGACCAGUGUUGACGAGGUUGUCGAAAGAGUACGAGAGAUUAUCUCAUGAAGAUGUCACAGAUUCUUAUUUUACAGAUCUUCAAAAAAUAAUUCAAAAUUUACUGGAUAAUUUAAAUAAGAAGAUUGAAUUAUAGUAUCUUGUUGUACAAUGUAUUACAUAUCAUAUUAUUUAUCUUCAGUCUUUAGGUCUGUCUUCACUAGUCUCAUCUUUUACAAAUUCCUUUCCCUCAUUGCACACUGCUAAUCUUCAUUAGCUCAAGUGACUCUUAAUCAUUUAUAUACUAUUAUGUAAUAACAAAUAAUAAUCAUGUAUAAAUGUUGUUUUGGAUUUCGGGUUUUGUUUUACUGUUCGGAUUGUUAAUUCUUGAUUUAUUUAUAUCAGGAUAAUAUUUUUGGUUUUGAGGUCUAUGUUAGAAGUACUACAAAUUCCUAAUUUAACAUUGAAACCUUUACUUUAGUGAUCACCACUUUAACAUUGUGUCAGUGUCUUCUGUUGAAUAGUUACUUAUUAUCAAGCUAUUAUGAAUUUUGUCUUGUACAUCUUCACAAUGUCAAGCUAUUAUGAAUUUUUUCUUUUGUAAUAAAUUGACAUUGUGAAGAUGUCACCAUUGCUGUUUAAUCGUGUAAAAAUAUCUGUAUCUAAUAUGUUAGUAAAAAUAAUCUCUUUUAUUA